AUGGAUUGUGAAAAGAGGAGAAAAUUACAAAAGAAAAAAAAUGCAUCUGAAACCAUUAGUUCCUCUGAUGGCAUUUAUAGUAAGAAGGUUAAAUGUUCGUUUAGACUGAGAUCUAUUCCAAGUGGUUCUGAUUGGAAGGUGGUGGUUAGAUGUGGGAUGCAUAAUCAUAGAGUAGAAAAUGAUCUGGAAGGCCACAAUAUAUUGGGUCGUUUAAAAGGUCAUGAAAGAGAGUUUGUGAAUGACGUGACGAAGUAUCAUAUGGCUCCUAGGUACAUAAUUGCUGCUUUGAAAGACAAAGAUCUAGAAAACCUCACGACCAUUAUUCAAGUGUAUAAAGCUAGAUCAACAUACAGAGUAGGCAAAAGAGGUACAUUGACUGAAUUGCAAAUUUUAUUGAGCCUUCUUCACAAAUAUAAAUACAUGUGUUGGACUAGAAAUAGGGACAACUCAAAUAUUGUAGCUGAUAUCUUCUGGACACAUCCUGAUUCUGUGAAGUUGUUGCAUAUGUUUCAUUUGGUUUUAAUAUUUGAUUGUACAUACAAGACAAAUAGGUACCGGAUACCAGUGCUUGAGAUUGUUGGUCAGAGGGUGUUGAAGAAAAAAGUUCGUGAUCUAACAUAUCCAUCCACAACUUCAAUGUGUCCACCGCCGGUGAAGUACAAGUCAAAGAGGGGAGUUAAGAAGAGUAGAAAGGGUCAAGAGAGUGACGUGCAUCCUGAUCCUAGCCAGUGGGAGCAUGUUGAGGCUUCGUAG